GCCAGGCAGAGCUGAGUCUCGCUAAUGCUGCCGUUUACAAGCUGGCAGCAAAACAUUCGCAAAUUCUUCGUCGGCUAAUGGAUAUUUUGACCUGUCGUAUCUAAUGAAGGCAAAGCUUUAGCGCAGAUUUUUUUCCUAAUAAAUAUGAGUUCUCAUGUUAUCACCCCCGGACCGUACCGAGCUACAAAACUGUGGAAUGAGGUGACUCGUUUGUUUCGGGCUGGCAUGCCCCUCAGAAAGCACCGCCAGAACUUCCGGCACUACGCCUCUUGCUUCACUGCUGCUGCUGCUGUGGACUGGCUUCACCAGCUGCUCCUUAGCAACAGCAACUUUGGCCCUGAUGUCACCAGGCAGCAGACGGUGCAGCUCCUGAAGAAGUUCCUGAAAAACCAUGUGAUCGAAGAUGUGAAAGGUCGUUGGGGCACAGAGGAUCUGGAGGACAACAAUAUGCUGUACAGAUUCCCCUCCAGCUCUCCUCUGAAGCCAAUUCCCUGUCCAGCUCCAGCUUUGGCUCCUGGCUCCAUUAAGAAAAGGUCUUCGUUAAGAGACAGGGAUGGUUUCUUCAGGUUUAGGAGUCUCAAGAAGCAUGAGAAAGAGACACAGGAAAAUGUAGAUCCUGCCCUCCAGUCAGGGGGAAAUCAGCCCGUAGGGGAGCAGCAGGUGCAGAGGCGAGAGCUGACUGUGGAGGAUGAGCAGGAGAUUUGGAGAGACAUCACCCUGACCCACCUGCAGAGGAUUCUGGAUGUUGCAUCUCUUGAUGAGGUUUUAGACCACCGUUAUGUAAACCCACAGAACAUCAUCCAUAAUAUGACCAAAGUCAACAAGCACGGAGUGGUCACACUGGACGACAAGACCGAUGACCUUCCACACUGGGUUUUGUCUGCCAUGAAGAGCCUGGCCAACUGGCCGAAGUACGACAGCGUGCAGCCGUCCUACCCCGGCUUUGAGAGAGAUGUCUUCAAAACGGUGUCUGAUUACUUCUACAGCCUUCCGCAGCCACUACUAACAUACGAACUGUAUGAACUAUUUAUCAACGUCCUGGUGUUUAGUGGGUACGUUGCAGCGCCCACGGCACACCAACGUGGUAAGCGCAAGAGCUUUGACCUCCCCUCAGCCCCUCCUCCAGCCAAGACAUCCUUCCGCUCCACCGAGUGCCUCCUCCUGUCGCUGAUCAGACAGGGGACCUGCGAUGAGACGGAGUCGCCGAUGAGAGAGGUGCUUGGUGGGAAGUUUCAGUCACGGUUGGCAGUGCAGAAAGGAGGAAUUGGUCAGUUGGGAGGCAGCUGCAUGAGCCUUAGUACAGUUGGUUCCACAAAGCCUCAAACCAGGAGUUGCUCAUUGGAAACUAUCCUCGAUGACUCUGCCCCUCUCACCCGGCAGCAGCUGUUUUUGUCCAGUGACAGUCUGGCAUCCUAUAGCAACAGGAACGAGGAUGACAGCCCUGCCAUCGCAACACUCCACAGUCAUACAUACUUUACACCUGUGUCCAAAGAAACCCCCGCUACUUGUGAAAAUGCUCCAGUGUGUCGGGCCAGAAGUAGAAUGUCUGUAGUCUCUGCAGCAGGACUGUCAGUCACGCAGAGGUCACGACCCUUAAGGCCACGCAGCGUAGGCAGCUGUCUGGACAUCGUCGUAGAAACCAGGGAGGAAGAUGUCAUGGAGACCAAGUUGCAGGGCCGAGCAACGAGCUGCCUUAACGUGAACACUCCUGCAGAACAGCACCGCCCCUCCUCAGCUUCACGUCCUCCCUCAUUUUCCUCCUACCAUCCUUUCUCCUCCUCCUCCUCCUCCUUCUCUUCAUCUGCUUUGGCCAAAGUACAAGGGUCUCACAUUACUGCAGGACCCGGUGGGCCCAGACCCGCCGGGCCCAGACCCGCCUCCAGCACCUCUAAUCUUUGGACGCUCCCGGCACCCACUGUUGUCCGCCGCUGCCUCAGCUCUCUGGAUGUGUCAAAGCCAUCUCGACCUGCUUCGCUGUUCAGGCCGCCUGUCUGUGUGCCCACCAGCAACUUCAAGCUCCCACAACCCAAACCUGAGCACAGCCUUCUCCAGCCUCAGUCUGAGUGCGUAGCCGUUGAGGCCCUGCAGCUCUGCACCCUCCUGCUCCCCCCCACCUCCCGCAGGAAGUUGCAGCUCCUCAUGAGGAUGAUGUCACGCAUCAGCCAGAACGUGGACAUGCCCCGCCUUCACCCGGCCAUCGGGACUCGGACACUGAUGAUCCACACGUUUUCAGGCUGUGUGCUGGGCAGCGCUGUGGAGUGUGAUCUGGACGAGCUUUUAGCCACCAGACUGGUGUCAUUUCUAAUGGAUCAUCAACAAAGCAUCCUCUCGGUCCCGCAGUACCUGCUCAGUGCUAUCAGUGACCAUAUACAGUACCUGCGCACGGUACAGGUACAACCAUUAGUCCCAAUCGAUGAUGGCGACCCAGCUUGUGUUCCGGUGCCCAUUUACACAUUCUGCCAUCAGAUUAGCGGCGCUGAGUUUGAACAGCAGAAGCUGGAAUCUUCCCAGAAGGCCAUGGAGGAGCUGCUGGAGAUGCUGCUGACAGACCAAAAUAUGAGUGAGAAGGACAGACGCAAGAAACUGAAGCGGUUUCAGAAGGAGUACCCGGACAUCUACAGUCGCCGGUUCCCCUCUGCAGAGCGGGAAAACAACAAGCCAAAGAUUAAACCUCCCCUCCUCACCAUCAAGAAGACCAAAGCUUUCAGCAUCAGGAACUGAACCAAGCACACAGGUGACACUGUUGUAGAAGCCACCGUCUCUUCGUUUCACUAUAAUGUGCUAAUAGAAAAAGACCUGGAAGAUCCACAUCUCUUUGGAGCCAUUGACUUCCUCUUGUUACAUUUGAAAUAGCGUUAUUCCUGUUGCGUCUGAUUCGUACGCUGAUGAGAGUUCAUGCAGGCCAGAAGACUUCUACAAUGGUGGAUGUGUUUAUUCAUGUUGUGUGAAAGAUGAAGUUCACAUUAGUUAUUGUGUUGAAUUAUAAAAUGUUUUAUGAAGCAGGGUUUUUUUUGUACAAUGUUUUUAGAAGCAUCUUUUUUCAGUCAGAUUUCGUCAACCCAUUUCAUUUUCCACUCACAUGACGUCUCUGUUGAUACUCUGCUGAGUGUGUGUGUGUGUGUGUGAGAGAGAGAGAGAGAGAGAGAGAGCACGCUUCGGAGUGCAUUUUGGGAGAAAAAGAAUAUGCAAUUCUGAGUUCACUGGUCCACAUGGGAAUAAUUAGGUGAUAGAUUUUUUAAUUUAUAUGAGUGAUGAUAUUGGGAGCAGUGCUGGAUGCGUCUUCGCUUGACACGCGUCUAACUGUUUUUAUAGUUUUUAACUAAACAUUUUAUAUCAGAAUCUCACGUUUUAUUUGAAAUGCUCUUUAGUCUUUCUUCUUCUCGUCCUCCAUGUUUUUGAGGCUCUUUCUCUUAGCUUUUUCACAUGGUUCUUUUAAAAGGAGAGUCUCUCUCUCCUAGUUUCUUUUAUUCCUGUGUUUGUGUGUCUCAUCUUGAAAAAUCCUCCAUGCUAAGUUUUUAUCAGCUAGAGAAACGUUUUGCACUGGAUUGAGGCAUUGAAAGUUGUCAGUAAGCUUAUGCCAAUCAGAAUAGUUAAUUUAUAGAUAUUUAAUGCAUGUUAAACUCCCUAAAGAUGGUUCCUCCAGUUACUUGUCAUAUUUUGGGGAACGGAUUGCCACAAAUGCAGCCUCAAAGAAUUUCCUCAGCGGCUACAGCUUAAUGACUUGACAGCUGUCAAAUGGCUGUGCCUGUUUCCUGUAAUGGCUGGCAAAUAAAAGUCAACUGAGGAUUAGUACAGAAUCCAUUUUAUUUCAUGUGUCUGAGGAAAUUUAGCAGACCUGACUCUAGAGUUCACAUGGUUCUCUUUCUUUUAAUGUCUUAAACAUGAAGUAUUAGUUCUACUCUGAUAUGCUUGUCAAUACCUCAGAUCAGGUGAUGUGUGUGAGUGUCUAACCGUGUGUGCACUCCUCAGCAGUGUUUUUGGUACAGACUUUUACUGAAGAGUGUAUGUUGUACACCCACACAUUUGUACUCUGCGUCUACAUUGUUUACUAUGCAAAGUCCUGGGAAAUAAACCUGUUCAGUUGUCCUAUUUA